GGGAGUGGAAUUUGAGAGAAAGAAAGAGAGAAUGGAAUCCAAAGGUUUGACUGGACCCGAAAACUGAGAAAGAAAAAUCCUACUCUCUUCCCUUCUUGUCUUUUUCCAUUCGAUUCCUCCAUGUUAAUAACUUGAUUAUGCUCCCGGUCAGUCAUAAACCCCAAAAGGCUGUAAUUCAAGCUUCUUCUUCUUCUUCUUCUUCUUCCUCCUUGCUUCUGCAACUUUCUUUCUUCUAUUUUUGACCGAGAACAACAACAACUACACGCUUCAGCUUCUGGGUUUCUUUGGGUUUUUUUUUUUUUUAUUUUAUUACCUUUUUUUAUCUUCACUCCUCAAAAAAUUCAAAAAACAAUCAAUUUUUUCUCAGUUACUACAAUGAAAACCCUUCUUUUUUACCACGUCUUCACUUUCAUUUCAGAGCUCGGACCCCGACAUUUCUGAACAUCGUACUCAAACUCUGUCUUCUCUGCACUUCCAGCCCACCAUUACAUCACCACUCACCACCUUCCUCUUUCCAGCGAUUCUAUGUUGGGUUCUCAAUUUGAGUCAACUUGAUAAUCACAUCUACGAUUAUGAUAGUGCUCUCCCCAUUUUUGUUUUUUUUUUGUUUUUGGUAAUUUUCUUAUUUUUAACUUCAGCUCCUGCAAGCUAAAACCCUGAAAUUGAAGCGAAAGUUUGAAUCAGAGGAUCCGAAAUUGAAUCGGACACGCUGAGUAUUUCGUUUUUCGGUAUUUUUUUCUCUUCAUUUCUCAGCAAAUGCGUCAGGAAUCAACACGAGUGGGCAACUGUCCUGGAAGGUUCCUCACGGAGAAGAAAACACAGAGCCAGACCUAACCAUCUGACUCUCAUGUCAGCUUGGUUGGGUACUGUUUUGUCUACGAGAAUCUGAGAGAAUAAGCGUAACGAUCAGUGAGAAAGAAGAUGAAGAGAGAAUGGAGGGUAUCGUUAUCAUCAUCUUCAUUGCCAUCAUCCUCAGAAGAUAUCAACACAGUGAAAAUCUUUGGCGUUUUCUUUUUACUUGUCAAUCAGCUGCUAAUCUUGGGCUCACAAGCCAGAAAAUUGUCUGCACAGCAGCGGCAGAGCAAUGAUGAGGUGGUCUACCUGAUGGCCUUCAAGCAACUCUCUAUUCAGUUUGACCCAAACAGUUUUCUGGCUAACUGGACAGCUGAUUCACCUUCCCCGUGCUCCUGGCAUGGCGUUUCUUGCUCCCAUGACAGCCACGUUACUGCUCUCAACCUCGGUAACUCCGGCCUUGUUGGUCGUCUUCAUCUCCCGAAUCUCACCGCCUUGCCAAAUCUCAUCAGCCUUGACUUGCAUGGAAAUUCAUUCUCCGCCGGCGAUCUCUCUGUUUCUGUGGGUACUUCUUGCAGUCUUCAAACUCUUGAUUUGUCUGGUAACAGCAUCUCCGACCCACUUCCAGAGCCGUCUUUUCUUGGGUCGUGUAGUCAGUUAGCUUAUCUGAACUUAUCUCGGAAUUCCAUCACUGGCGGCAGUAUCCGGUUUGGUCCUUCUUUGUUGCAGCUUGAUCUUUCUCGGAACCGGUUUUCUGAUUCUUCCCUCUUGGGUUACACGCUCUCUCAUUGUCAGAACCUAAAUCUGCUCAACUUCUCCGGCAACCACCUCGCCGGAAAACUUGGUACUACUCCUUCUUGUAAAAGCUUGAACACACUAGAUCUCUCCUACAAUCUUUUAUCCGGAGAAAUACCGCCGACUUUUGCAGCGUCUAUAAAGCAUCUGGAUCUGUCUUACAACAACUUCUCCGGUAAAUUCUCUAACCUUGAAUUUGGAAGCUGCAACAAUCUCACUGUACUGAAUUUAUCUGGGAACAGUCUCUCUGGCCCUGAAUUUCCAGUUACCUUAAGCAACUGCAAGUUAAUGGAGACCCUCAAUCUCUCGCACAACAACUUACAUGGAGGACUUCCGGGGACCUUGUUGGGAAAUCUAGUGAGUUUGAAGCAUUUGUCAGUAGCUCAUAAUCAGUUUUCUGGUGAAAUUCCACCAGAGUUGGGACAUGCUUGUGGGACUCUCGGGGGACUAGAUCUUUCAGCAAACAAACUUUUUGGCGGACUGCCACCCACUUUCACUCAAUGUUCUUUUUUGCAGAGUUUAAAUCUGGGGAACAAUAUGCUUUCUGGAGAUUUUCUCAGUACAGUCGUCAGCAAACUCCCUAAUCUCAACUAUCUGUAUGUGCCAUUCAAUAACAUUACAGGUCCUGUGCCGCUUUCUCUAACAAAUUGCUCUCAGCUUCGAGUUCUUGAUCUCAGCUCCAAUGGCUUCAAGGGGAAUAUCCCUGCAGGUUUCUGCUCUUCUCCGACUUCCCCGGUUUUAGAGAAGAUACUUCUAGCAAACAAUUAUCUUUCCGGAACAGUACCUGUGGAGCUUGCUAACUGCAAGAAUUUAAGGACAAUUGAUCUUAGUUUCAACAGCCUGAGUGGCCCAAUCCCUUCAGAAAUCUGGACAUUACCAAAUCUUUCUGAUUUAGUCAUGUGGGCAAAUAACCUUACAGGUGAAAUCCCGGAUGGCAUUUGUGUCAAUGGAGGAAACUUGGAGUCACUUAUCCUCAAUAACAAUAUGAUCACUGGAGCAAUUCCACAGUCUAUUUCUCACUGCACCAACAUGAUUUGGAUCUCACUUUCCAGCAACCAGCUCACUGGUGAAGUCCCUCCUGGCAUUGGUAAUCUCCUUAACCUUGCUAUUUUACAAUUGGGUAACAACUCGCUCACCGGACUCAUCCCUCCUGAGCUUGGUAAGUCUAGGAGCCUCAUUUGGCUGGAUUUGAAUAGCAACAAUUUUACCGGGAAUAUUCCAUCUGAGCUUGCAACCCAAACUGGCUUCGUCAUGCCUGGAAGUGUUUCAGGGAAGCAAUUUGCGUUUGUAAGAAAUGAGGGGGGAACAUCUUGCAGGGGUGCAGGAGGACUAGUCGAGUUUGAGGGGAUCCGUGCAGAGAGGUUGGAAGGUUUUCCUAUGGUUCAUUCUUGUUCAUCAACUAGAAUUUAUUCUGGCAUGACAAUGUACACAUUUACCAACAAUGGCAGCAUGAUCUACCUUGAUCUCUCCUACAAUUCUUUAUCAGGAACUAUUCCUGAAGGUUUUGGUGUGAUGAACUAUUUGCAAGUCUUGAACUUGGGACACAACAAACUGACAGGAAAUAUUCCUGAUAGCUUUGGAGGCUUAAAGGCUAUUGGAGUUUUGGAUCUCUCCCACAAUAAUCUUCAAGGGUUCCUCCCUGGAUCUUUAGGCGGUCUCUCUUUCCUUAGUGACCUUGAUGUGUCUAACAACAAUCUUACUGGUCCCAUUCCUUCUGGUGGUCAGCUAACUACUUUCCCAGCAUCAAGAUAUGAGAAUAAUUCUGGCCUUUGUGGGGUUCCUUUGCCCCCAUGUGGCUCUGGAGGUCGCCCAACAGACUUUCAUGUUCGUGGAAAGAGGCAGUCUGUUGCAGCAGGGAUGGUUGUGGGCAUUUUGUUCUUUCUCUUGUGUAUCCUUGGACUUACACUGGCCCUUUAUCGGGUGAAGAAGUUCCAGAAGAAAGAGGAACAGAGAGAGAAGUAUAUUGAAAGCCUUCCAACUUCUGGUAGCAGUAGCUGGAAGCUUUCUAGUGUUCCGGAACCUCUGAGCAUCAAUGUUGCUACGUUUGAGAAACCACUUCGGAAAUUGACAUUUGCCCAUCUACUCGAAGCUACAAAUGGUUUUAGUGCUGACAGCCUAAUAGGUUCUGGUGGAUUCGGUGAGGUUUACAAGGCGCAACUAAGAGAUGGUUGUGUUGUUGCAAUCAAGAAGCUAAUUCAUAUCACAGGUCAGGGAGACAGAGAAUUUAUGGCUGAAAUGGAAACUAUUGGGAAGAUCAAGCACCGAAACUUGGUUCCAUUGCUAGGAUACUGUAAGAUUGGAGAAGAGAGGCUUCUUGUUUAUGAGUACAUGAAAUGGGGUAGUUUGGAGGCUGUGCUUCAUGACAAGGACAAAGGAGGAGGCACAAAGCUUGACUGGGCAGCUAGAAAGAAGAUAGCAAUAGGGUCAGCUCGAGGGCUUGCCUUCCUUCAUCAUAGCUGCAUACCUCACAUCAUCCACCGUGACAUGAAGUCCAGCAAUGUUCUUCUAGAUGAAAACUUUGAGGCUAGAGUUUCUGAUUUCGGCAUGGCAAGAUUAGUGAACGCCCUAGACACUCAUCUUAGUGUAAGCACACUUGCAGGAACUCCGGGUUAUGUUCCCCCUGAGUAUUACCAGAGUUUCCGUUGCACAACAAAAGGGGAUGUGUAUAGCUACGGUGUAAUUUUGCUAGAGCUUCUGUCAGGCAAGAGGCCAAUAGACCCGUCUGAGUUUGGUGAUGAAAACAACCUUGUUGGGUGGGCAAAGCAGCUUCAACGAGAGAAAAGAAGUAACGAGAUUCUCGACCCUGAGUUGAUAACAAAGAACUCGGGCGAUGCUGAAUUACACCAGUAUCUUAAGAUUGCCUUUGAAUGCCUAGACGACAGGCCAUUCAGGCGACCAACUAUGAUUCAAGUGAUGGCAAUGUUCAAAGAGCUUCAAGUUGAUUCAGAAAAUGACAUCCUUGAUAGUUUCUCCCUGAAAGAAACGGAUCUUGAAGAAUCACGAGACAAAGAACCCUAGUCCUUUCUAUUUCAAUUUGAUUGGACGGAGAAGGAUCCAUUAAGGUUGCAAGGAUAAACCGUUGACGUACUUUGAAAUCAGAGAUGGGUUUAUCCCUCAGGUUUUGGCUAGUGUAAAUAAUAGAGCAGUGAAUGAGGAGAGUAGUGCAAAGAAAACAACAUUCCAGGAGCAAAGUAAUGGUUUCUUUUCUUUUUUUCCCCCAUUGACGGAUCACCUGUAAAACUAAAAGCUUGAAAACUUUGUUCCUGAUUCCAUGAUUGUGCUCUUCCAUUCACAGUUUUGGCAACUGAUAUUUUAGUAUUGGUGUUUAAAAACUAUCAAAUUCUUGUUGUUGAUAGGAAACAAGAAACUGAAAGAAGUCGAUAGAGCAUUUUGUAAAGUUGUAGCAUAGAAUUUACACGAAGUGGAAUCAUAAUUGUAUUGUUUGCA